AUGGUGCGGCUGUUGCCUGCGGUAGCAAUGAGUCUGGCGAGUGCGACGUUCCAGCAGUGGGCGAAGGCUUGGUUUACACACAGGUUGCUGCAGGAGCGAGGCAUACAGUUCUGCUCAGGAGCGAUGGCGCGGCCAUGGCAUGCGGCAACAACGGUUUUGGGCAGUGCGACCUUCCUGCGUUGGACGGAGGUUUGGUUUACGUGCAGAUUGCCGCAGGAUGGCGCCAUAGCGUUCUGGUCAGAAGCGAUGGCGUCGCCGUGGCUUGUGGUCACAAUGAGUUCGGUGAGUGCGACAUUCCUCCGAAUCGAUCGGAUCUCCCCCGUCUCCGAUUGA